AUGGACAAGGAUGGGAAUCACCCUAGCACAAGUGUUGGUUUCAAUAGUGAGAGAGAAGACGAUCGAACUGCAGAGGCAGAGGCUGCCGAUCAAACGCAGCAUAACGCUGAUUUGAAUGUCGAGAGAGAAGGGACUAGAACUUCGCCAAUUGAUACCAAUAUUUUGGAGUCAGAAACCCCUUCGAGUGGAGAUGAAGAGGAGAGUGAAGUUGCAUCCGGAAUUCAGCAUGACGAAGUCCCUUUGAAUGACGAAGUCCCUUUGGAAAUUUUGGAAAUUCAGCAUGACGACGCUUAA